UGGGUGGGGGUUGUCGGCGAGAUCGCGGAAGGAAGGGAAGAGUGCAGAGCACCGUACUCUAUUCUCUAUGCCAUGGCCCGUUGUGACGAAGCCGUUCAUGAUAAUGCGAUAGUGUUGGUCCGUGCUUAGCACUUGAUAAAAGAUAGCGGUGACUGAACAGAUGCCAGUACUCACCCGCAGCCCGACCUGUCUGUGGCUGAGCAGCCGCGUCAACCCGCCCCGUGUACUCGCCACGCCAUCGGUCCGCCAUCGCCGUGACGCCGAUCACCGCGAGAGCACAGUGCCAGCGACAGGGAUAAAACCGAGAAGCCAUCAUCCCGAGGGAAUCCUCUAACCCACCAGGUCCAGCUGCCUGGACGCCGUGCUCUGCCAACGAAGAUGCGCGGGAUGGCGGAGUCGCGCAACGUUGCCUGAGGAUGGCGAGGAGCGAGAGGACUGCUGCGGAACGACGGCUCGGAUAGUACCCAGGAUCCCGUAGGAUUACCGAGGGCACACUUUCGAAGCAGACACUUCGGGGAGGAUGAUCAUUGCGGUCCAGCGGCAGUACUACUUCAAGAAGAUCCGCUGCAAACGCUGAUACGGCUGCGCUCUCGCCUCUGCUCGCGUCUCGCGCGGAGAACCCGGGGAAUGUCGAUGGACACCGUGACCGAGGUCCUAGGAAGUGCUACGGGAGCCAGGUUCCAUGUCAGGGAGCGGUAGGCGAGUUCAGAGUAACCUUCGGGAAGAAGGGAAUCCAGUUACGAUAGGAGACUCGAGCAGUCUCGAGGUUGAGCACCGAGAUACGUCCUCUAAUCCUGAAGUGAUUCGAUAGAAGCCGCGAAGAGCGACGUAAACGAGACCUGCAUCGACACGAUUGAUCGACCUCUAACUUAGGGACAGAGGUGUACACCCGUGAAUCGAGUUUCCCCGGCACAAAGAAAUGCGGCGGUCGACGGCUGCAGGGCUGCACCUGAACAGCGAGGGCUCCGCCGCGGCCUCGAGUCAUGCAUGAUGAGCGGUGCGACUAGGCUCGAUCAGGAUUGGAUGAGAAUGGUCGAGUUACGCGGCGGCACCGGGAUGACGAGCGGGCUGAGCGGCAGGUCCUCGAGCCGCCUCCAUUACACGAUCCUCACGAUUCUGGACACGGUGUUCUCGGCGACCGUGGCCGCGCCCGCGGUGGUCGGCUACUGGCGAGGCACAUGGGGCCUGAGCAACGUCUACAUGUACCCCGACGACCUGGUGCUCAGCAACUUCACGUCGAUCCUGAUCGGAUUCAUUGGCCUGUUCGCCUUCAACGUCUCGCAGAACGCGCUGAACGAGCUGCUCCACCCGGACAAGCACAGGCUGUCCUACUACGUCGGCUCCAGGCUGUACACGGCCGUAUUCGGGUUCUGUUGCGUGAACGCGUGGCGCGGCGCUUGGCAGGCCCUCGACCAGUACACCGAACUCACCCCCAGCACGGUCUUCGCCACCACCGCCGUCAGCCUGCUCGCGCUGGCCACCAUGCGCGCCGUCAGGAACAUCUCCGCGCCGCCAUUCUCCCUUUGCCUCGACUCUUGUCCUGGAUACUUCGAAGUGCAGACCAUGUUCCGCGUGAAUAACACGAGAGACUGGUCGUUGUACUUAUUGGAUUGUGCGUUCAGCGUUGGUGUCGUUGGUACCCUGGUCGUGUUCGUGUGGAGGGGUGUUUGGAUACUCGUGGAUCUCUAUCUCUUCCCGGAUGAUCGAAAGUACUCCGCGAUCGGGUCCCUCGCCAUCGGGUACGUGAUCGUGACGGUGACGUUCUCUCUGCAACCGUUGAUGAGAUACGUGUGCGCGCGUCUUCAAGGCCUCGCGCGGCUGGUCGCCGCGGACGGCUUCCUGCUGCUCAGCUUCCUGGGCACGGUGAACGUGUGGCGCGGCAUCUGGAAUCUGCUCGACCUCUGGCUGGUGCCCAGCAACCUGGAGCUCUCCUGCUGGAUCACCCACGUCGGCUGCUUCGUUUUCCUCGUGCUGCUCAACUGCAGCAACUCGAUCCUCGUGCGCGGCGUCUACAUCGACGCCGAGGAGGACGACGGGAAGUGCGUCGUGUUCCCCUGCCACUAUCUUCGAUUGUUCUUCAAGGUCGAACGCGAAAAGAAGGAAGCAAGGCGACGGAACCUGCUGGUGGCCUCGAAGGACUUCCGGCCGCGGUCGGACGGAAACGCGAAGGACACCGAGAACGGAGCCCUCCUGCCGAACAGCGCGCCCGCCACCAUCUUGCCAACGAGUCCCGAAUCUCUCGUGUAACCCCGGGGAUCCCCAUCCUCGACGACCGUCGAGCGAAGACGCAUUCCAACGAACAAGGACACGCGUGUCGAGAGUUUGUGCCCGACGCAGUGAUCGUGCGGUGAAGUUCAGCGAGGAGCACGCGUUCCUCGGACUGCCCAUGAAACUCCGCGGUCGCCGCGGUUUCUAAAGUAAGCGGAUAGACGCGGCUAGCGCGAUCUCGAGUAGCGAGAUCGGUGUAUAGAUCGACAGGUAGAUACGUAGACGGACGAUCGCAUAGACGCUUAGGAGACAUCGAUUAAGUUAGACGAGCGAGCCGAUCGUGGAGGAUCGACAGACCUGGGAUCGGAGGAGAUUGAACCAUCGUGCAACUUGAGAUUGGAAGAUCGAAGGUCUCGUGGAGUUUUCAUCUUGAGAGGAUCGAACGACCGGUUGCAGGGAACCUGGCGCUCGACGUCACAGGGGCGGAGCCAGUCGCUGCGAGAGAUCCAAUUGCGGGUCCGGAAACGACGCUACGCUCCUCGUCGCGCGCGCCUCGGCCAAUCAGGCGCGCGCCUUCGAAUCUGACCACUCAGGCGAGAGUGCCAGGUUCGCCGCAACGGGCGGUGCGUUUUUCUUGGGAUUGAAAGAGGAUCGGAGGACUGGCCUCCGGAUCUCGAAGGCAAGAUCGGAUAACUCUGCGUUGACUGCCGGAGCGAGAAGUGCGGAUUCAGUGAACGACUGUGUACGAGUGCAGGAACGAUUCGGUGAUUCUCUCCGCGAGGAACGUUGCGCGCAAGAACUGUACGCGAUUGUUGUGCUCGUGUAUGGACGUUCGUGGCGCGAGUGCGGGUAGAGCGCCGGAGGAACACGCUUCGUCCUCGAGGAUGCACGCGUUGCGAUGUAAGUUGUACGCAAAUCGCAGGGGCGAGCAUAUAAACAGGGCCACGGUUGUUCUGAUUUCGAUUAUUCGGCUCAGGGCUGCUCGUUAGGCUCUUUAGACGCGGUAUCCAGGACUUUGUUGAAAGAUGAAAUGUUGAAACGUUGUUGAGAGAUUGUACUAGAGCUGAGAAGCGAAAUGGAGUUCCCUUCUGUUGAGGGGUUCUGUUCGUUCCGUUAGGAAAAGUGAAUAGAAAGAGUUUCUAUGAAAGAAGAGAUAAGAAAGCUGAACAUUGUGGAAAUUGUUGGACGAUUGGAAUAGAUUUUCAUCAAGACACACGCGUCUUUCGGAUAGAAUCACGUUCGAUGUUCAAUAUUUAUAUACUCGCCGAUGCGGUUGCUGUGUAACGCGUGCGCUGAGGAUGAUUCCGCGGGAAGAAUGGAACACUGCGACUCGAUAAUUCGGGGGCGAACAUUGAACAGUCCGAGUUUCGAUUAUCCUGGUCUUCCUCUUGCACGAUCUGUUCUUACGAUCGUCUAGUUCGGUUCGAUACGCUUUGCAGCGUAUCACUGAAGGCAGAUUUAAUCAAGGUCGGCUACCAUUCGAUACAUCGAAAUUCUCGCGUAUACUCUACGAAAAAUCACCGAGGACUGACAAUCAAAAAAUAGAUCUAUCCGCAACAACCCCGAAUUCUCCAGCAAAAGUGUUCCCAUCGCGAGACCGUCGCGAUCCACGAGACACCGUCGAUCCGACAGAAAAUCCGUUCAGACGAGGAUCGACGACGACUCGCUUAACCCCUUGCCUCGCAUGCACGUUGUACUUGCAGCAGACUUCCAAUAAAACUCAACGAUCAUAAAUAUUAUUCGACUCUCGUACACGAAUCAAACAUUCCUGUUCUCAAUGAUUCCACCUUAGGAGACACAUAGACUCGGAACAUUCCUCGAUAAAUCGCUCGGAAACCAACGCGAUUAAGUCGAUUUCUUGACACUCUCUGAUUUCUGUCGAUUUCAAUGGAAUAAACAACAUUCUUGUCAGUUACUAAAGGAGUUACUCGUCUCCUCGUUGUGCUCUAGGCCAGAGAAUCCUUUCCAUAGCUUCCGAAUAUACUGUGUAAUCAUUUCACAGGCUAGAACAUUAAUUUCCUCGACUCCUCUGGACUGAACCGCUUUGGCGCCCGUGUAAUUGUCAUCGACAACCUAUCGAUCGUAGCUAAGGAACGAAUCAGGAGGCAAGGGGUUAACGGUCGAUUCGAAGAUUCCCAGUGAUCGAAAUUCCGAUCGAAUCUUCCUCGUCCCGGCGACUAAGCGCGCAGUCCGGCUCGGUCGCGUGGCCUAGCGCGGUCCUAUCGGCUAGAUGAGACCUUGAUGAUGACAAUGGUAAUAGACUGGACUGGACGACCGUUAUAAAUGGGUUAUAACCUUCUCCCCCGCAUCCUGUACACCCCGCGGAUUUCGCUCUUGUGCAUCAAUUACGACGUCAUGGCGUACUAAUAAUUAAUUAACUGGAAUAAUGACGGGACAAUGGGCGGCUGGGCGCAUCGAUGGGAAGUGGUUAGUUCGACGAUAAGCGGCCUGCCCUCCUGGCCUACAUUUAAUAUUUCCACAAUGAACAAUACCGUGUCGGAGCCGGAAGCGCGCCGCUCGGCCCGGGGAAACCGGAAUCGUAAACGGCGAUCGAUCGCGGGACGGAUAGAGGGAGAUCGAACCUAGUCAAAAUUGACGAUCGUUCCGUUUGCGGCCUCCUCGGCCGAAUCCAAGGGUGCCGCGCGCUCGGCGCGAUUCAUUCCGCGGGAGGAACACCUUUGUAAUUUAUAAGCUCGUGUAUCUGCGACUUUUAACACGGAAUAUUUGAUUGAAAUAAAACGAAGAAAUGGAAAA